UGGAUAUAUCUCGCGCGGGAGAAAGUAGAAGUAGGCGAAAGCGUGAAGGCAGUCCACAUGCCUGGGCGACUCUAAGUUAUUCGUGUGACUUUCACAAGCUGUCCUGCAUCAUGAGGCGACCACGGUCAGUCGAAACGGUGUCUUUAAAGACACUUCUCGUUAUGCUCCUAUUUUUGAAGGUCUCAAAGGAGGUGCUAGGCUGCACUGAUUGUAAAUUUACAAAAGAAAUAUCAACAUCUGAAAUAAUCAUAUCUGGGGCAAGCGAAUGUACAGUGAGCUCUUCGGCGGUACUCCAAAAUACUCCAAAUGGCAAUGGCCUCAAUGUGUCAGGACUAGUGCCUGGAAGAUCAUACAACUUAACGUUGAACUGUUCUACCAAAUGCUGCAUACAGUUUACAACAGGACCUGAUGUCAUCAGGAACCUCUCUGUCACUCACGUCACCACGGAAACUGUGUCUUUGAACUGGACUGAGCCGGAGGGAAUGAGCUCGUUUUAUAGAGUAGAGUGGGAUGACAGCACUGUACCUGUGAAUAAAACCACCAAUGAAACGUCUGUGGUCAUAACCGGUCUGACCGCUGGAGUUCAGUAUGUGUUCAGAGUUGUUGCGGUUGCUGCAGAUAAUCAAACUGCGGGAGAUUCUGUCAGUGAGACUCAGUACACAAAACCUGAUGUCAUCAGCAACCUCUCUGUCACUCACGUCACCACGGAAACUGUGUCUUUGAGCUGGACUGCGCCGCAGGGAAAUAGCUCAUUUUAUAGAGUAGAGUGGGGUGAGAGCACUGUAUCUAUGAGUAAAACCACCAAUGAAACGUCUGUGGUCAUAACCGGUCUGACCGCUGGAGCUCAGUAUGUGUUCAGAGUUGUUGCGGUUGCUGCAGAUAAUCAAACUGCAGGAGAUUCUGUCAGUAAGACUCAGUACACAAGGCCAGAGAAAGUGGUGAAGAACCCUGAGAGCUGCCUGCCCACUCCGCCGUCCCGCAGGGGCCUCGCCUAG